AUGCCGAUUCGAAAGGCAGGACAGACUGUACAAUACCUACUUGGACGCAUUGGACCCCACAAUGUGGAAAUCGCAGGGUUUCCCGCCAGUGAAUUUGGGAUUGGUAUUGCAGCCAGUGUAGCGACAGAAGUAUUGCGCGACUUUCCCGACCUAGAGGUUGGGCUGCUUGUAGGGAUCGCCGCUGGCAUACCAUCACCCAACCACAAUAUUCGCCUGGGUGACGUAGCUGUCGCCGUACCGAGCGACGACACCGCUGGGGUAAUUGGAUAUGAUAUGGUAAAAGUCGAACCCGAAGAAAUUAAAUUAAAGCAAUGGCAAAACGCAAGCAGCCCGAUACUGAGAUCUACCAUUACCAACAUUAGGGCCCAGUCUGAGUAUGAGGGAAACAAAUUCCUAGGUCAUUUAGAACGUUUCAAAGGAACCUCUUACAAAAGACCUGAGGCUCACGUGAGGAGCAAACAGUUAGCUCAGGCAAUGCGAGAGCCAUGCGGUCCUCCAGCAGUUCAUUAUGGCCAGAUUCUAUCUGGACACCGCGUCAUCAGGUCCGCUAAACAUAGAGAUGACAUCAAUCGGAAGUACGACGCCAUCGCCAUUGAAAUGGAAGCAGCAGGAAUGGUAAAUAGAUUGCCGGUGGCAGUGAUUCGAGGAAUUAGCGAUUUCGCAGACACAGACAAGAACGAUGACUGUCAAUUUUAUGCAGCCGCAAAUGCCGCCGCCUAUGCAAAGGAGUUACUCGUGCAGCUUCAGUCAUCUGCAUUAGCCCCUCCUCCACGCUUUGUUUCCCCGGAAAGAAUGAGCCAAGCAAGCCUUAAUCUGCUACUGGAUCAACGCGCCGAAGACAACCCCCAAAAGCUGGACUGGCGACAUUCUGUAGUCGAUCUCCUUAAGCUUCUGUCACUUGAUGCCACCCUUGAGGCCCGCAAACAACUCGCUCGGAGAUGGAAUGUGUUUGUAGGGAAAGAUGGUGAUGCUGUGCAAAACGUUGCUCUCCAUGGUGUCAUAACAGACGACCUUGCAAAGAAUCAGGGCCAAGUAUCUCGGAAUCUCAAAGAAGCUCUAUUUGUAGAUGACUGA